AUGUACGAUGGAUCUCGAGAUCUGGUGGAUCACUUGGAGAAUUUCAAAGCACACAUGACUGUCUAUGGCUUCCCAAGAGAAGUCGACUGCCGACCUUUCCCAUUAACGUUGAAGGGCAUAGCAAGGGGCUGGUUUGGAACCUUGCGACUAAGUUUGAUCAAAAGUUUCGAGGAAUUGGCUAAAAUGUUCCUGACACAAUUCAUGGCGAGUAAAAGGUGCCGGCGACCUACCGCCUACCUCCUCACCAUUAAGCAAUGGGAGGAGGAAAGUUUGAAAGCAUAUUUAACCAUUUUCAAUAAGGAGAGGCUAACGACUGAUGACCAAGAUGAGAAGAUAAUGCUAGCUGCCCUAUUAGGAGGCAUAUGGCCAAGGGGCCCAUUCAUGACCACGUUGGCUAGGAGAACCCCCUUGACCUUGAGGAAAUUCAUGGAUAGAGCUAAUGAUUUUGUCAAUGUAGAAGAUAUGUUGCAAGCCCUCCUAGAACUAAGGAAAAGGGAAAUGAAGUUUGAAGUCAAGAACUCUAGCAGUGUGAGAGACAAGAAGGGCGGGACAGGCCAUCAAGACGGGCGACAGGAAAGACACUCGACCCAGCAGGACCAAGGCCCCCGGCUCAUCCAGAAUAACCUAAACGUACAAGAGAAGGAGGGCACCUCAAGGAAAGAAGCACACCCAUCAAGGAGGGGGCAACAUUUUUGUAGGUAUCAUCAAUCGGAUACCCACUGGACAAAAGAUUGCACGACCAUAAAGAAAAAGGUGACUGAACUAGUGGAAAGUGGAAAGCUCAAAUGA